GCAGAACCAAGACUGCUAUGGUUGCUGUUUGCGGUGGUCUAGGGAGGAAGAAGUUGACACACCUGGUAAUGGCUGCUGUCAGCCUUACACAUCCCGGGACUCCCAUGGUGCUUUCGAGAAGGGGUUAUUCACAAUAUAAACAGGUAUCCAGCAUUGAGGACCUGCCCACUCCAAUGGAAAACCCUUAUAAAGAAUCUCUUAAGAAGUGUGUCUUGUGUGGAAAGCAUGUAAAUUAUAAGAAUGCACAGCUUUUGUCCCAGUUUGUUUCUCCAUUUACUGGAUGCAUUUAUGGAAGGCACGUUACAGGUCUUUGUGGGAAGAAACAGAAAGAAAUCACAAAAGCAAUUAAGAGAGCUCAAAUAAUGGGGUUUAUGCCAGUUACAUACAAAGAUCCUGCAUAUCUCAGGGAUCCUAAAGUUUGUAACAUCAGAUAUCAGGAAUAAAUUCUAUCACAU